AUGUCGCCGUCACCGACUGUCGUUCGAGCGAUUUACCGGUGUCUCCUGCGGGACGCACGCGAGCUGCAGCGCACGCCGCACUCGAACAUUCGACGUGAACUGCAGCUUGAGCAAUGGGGAACUGGCGGGUUCGUUGAGCCGCUGGUCAAGCACGAAGAGACGACGGAUGAAACCGACGCAGUGGUGCUGAAGUCGCUCGAGCAGUUCCAGCGACUGCGGGAUGACGGCUUGUUCAUGGGCCCGCGUAAUGUGGACCUACUAAAGAGCGUCCAAUUGGCAUUUCGAGAGAACUUACGUCUUGGGGAUGUGAAGACUGCAAGUGCGAAGGUGGAUGAGGCUAUUAAGGCGUUGAGUGAAUUAGGCAACCAACUGUUUCUCGCUCAGUGCUCUAGUGCGACGGUGACAGAUGGCGUUCGUAUUGAAGCAACGAGCCAGUACGUGCCGAGCCACAGCGACCCGGCAUCGAACACUUACCGCUUUACGUACCGAGUCACCAUCACCAAUCAAAACAAGAGUUCUUCCGUUCAGAUCUUGGGACGCCAAUACACGUUUGAGAGUGGAAAGGGUCAGCGAAUAGCGCUACCGCGGAAUUCGCCUGGAAUUGUGGGGGCCACGCCGUUGCUGGCACCGGGGCAAACGUUCGAGUACGCGAGCGGAGUUGAUAUUGACGCCCCGCGAGGAUCCGUGACCGGUUGCCUACAUGCUUUGCUGGUUCCGGAAGAGGGCGAUGAUGGAAAGCCUUUUGACGCGCUUGUGUCAAAGUUCGCUCUCCUUGCCUCGCCUUUGCGUAGUGAAGGGUGA